AAUGGAAGGAAAAUAAAGAGGAAAAAGAACAGGGAAAUCAGAUUCAGUUAGAUUCCAUUGGUUGAUUCAGCCACUCCGAAACCCUAAUUUGGAUUCAUCACCGAUCGAGAAACUCGAUCGUCGUGCGAGAUAGAGAGAGGGAGAGUUGGGCGGGCGGGAAGCAUGAGCAAUCUGAGAUCGAUUUGUCGUCCCCACGCGGUGUUCGCUUCCAUCGUGUGCUGCCGAAGCCAAGCUCGAGCUCGAUCGAAGGUGACCAGGGUCCCAUUCCAGGGCUCGAGCUGCGAGCCGCCUCGGUUAAAUUCUCCGUCGUCCUUCGUGUUCACUUGGAACAAUUCGGAGAGAGCAGAGCCGACACGGUUUAGGGUCAACCAGAGGAGGACGAUGGUCAAGGCCUCGAGCUGGACCGAGCAGAAAUCGCCAUACGAGACCUUGGAGUUGGAAAGAGAUGCCGAUGACGAGCAGAUAAAGAUUGCUUACAGACGGUUGGCAAAAUAUUAUCACCCAGAUGUUUAUGAUGGUAGAGGCACCCUUGAAGAAGGAGAAACUGCAGAAGCUAGAUUUAUUAAGAUCCAAGCUGCUUACGAGUUGCUCAUAGAUGAGGGGAAGCGCAGGAAGUAUGAUAUGGAUAACCGGGUCAACCCUAUGAAGGCAUCUCAAGCAUGGAUGGAGUGGCUUAUGAAGAAGCGGAAGGCAUUUGAUCAGCGUGGUGAUAUGGCAAUUGCAGCUUGGGCUGAGCAGCAGCAACGUGAGAUGAAUCUCCGAGCACGACGGCUUGCACGUUCCAAGAUCCCCCUACCAGAAUUUCUGCGGAUGUCUUUUCAUCUGGGAUCGACCCCGAAGAGGAGAGAAGAAUACUGGCUAAAGAAAAGAAGGCAUCCAGGGAAUAUUUCACCAGCACUCUUAAACGACAUACGCUCGUCCUAAAGAAGAGAGAUCUGAUGAGAAAGAAAGCGGAAGAGGAGCGGAAGAAGGUUAUCGGUCAGCUUUUAGCGGCGGAGGGCCUGGAGCUUGACACGGAUGAUGAUGAAACACAGUAAAAUUGUUUGUUGGCGGAUUCAUGUAAAUGUCGCUUUGGAACGUAUGUAAUUGUUCCUCCUACUGAAUAUCAAUGUCUAUGUAUAGUGAUAUGAAAGGGUCAAAAAGAAAUGAA